CAACUACGGAACUAACAAGACAAGUUAUUGCUAAAAGGUCAACAUGCGGUUUGUUGUAUCAUUCUUUGCUGUAUUAAUGUGCACAUUUGCUUCUCCAGUAUAUGGAAACUUGAGGGCGAAGAUAACGAAGGAAUGCGGUCAGAGGCCUCCUUUUACGAAGGACACAAAUGAGGCUAUAACAAAAGUUGGUAACGCGUUGAAUCUGCGUAUUAAUUCAGGAUUUGAUCGGUGUCACACGCUCUCCUUUCAAAUAAUUAGAAAGGAGGUUUGUGACCUUUUUCCCGCAGAUGGAACACCGGUGUGUGCGACGAAAGUGAACAAUUGGAGGGUUAAAAUGGACACACUAAAUGACGCCUUGCAUACAAUUGACACCGAAUGGAUUCAUUACAAAGACUUAAAAAAAAAUGGGAUAGCUUAUGGGGAAUUUGAAAAUACGAACAAAAAAAAUAAAGAUAAAGUCACUGCAAGUUUAGAUGAUGUAAUUAAACAUCAAGGAUCGUCUGAUGGGGUUUUGGCGAGCAAAAUCAAAGCGGUGAUGGUUUAUAUGAAUAGUGCCACGGCUAAUUUGCGCCCUGGCCAUGCUAGUGUAAAUCGGGCAAUUGGGGGUCACUUAGAUCCGUUAUUAAAAGUCAAAACUAGCAAAAUUCCUUCAACGAAGGCGAAGUUGAUUUUGACUAGCAAUUCAAUAGCUUUUGAACGAAACUACCCAACUACAUGGAAGGUAAAAGCAGGUAGCAUCAUGACAUCCGACAAUAUGUGAACACAAUGUGACUAACAUUGUAUGAAUGUUAAUUUUAUUUUAUUCGUGUGGAUGUCUAAUAGAUAAAAUACAUAAACUUGCAUAUUUUUAAUAUGGUGGAUUUAAUUAUUAUUAUUUGCCCACGUUAGCCUCUUUAGUGCCUAAUAAAACAGUUAUCGAUGGGGGCCUUGCAAAAGGGGUUCUAGUGAAUUUAAAGCUUCCAUUUAAGUACGAAAGGUGUGCGAGCACAACAACCGCACAACUAGACAUUCGCCUAAGAUAUCAAUCCUAUUCUCAUGUUAAACGUUAAGCAGAAAGGACCGAUUCACACUUUUAUAAUCUCUGGCAUGAAGCGGCCAAGGUUUGAACCCAAGACCUUUAGCACUGGAGGCGAACACUCUACCACAAGGCCACCACUAGGCAACUCAAGGUAAAGAAUUUUAAGGCUCCCAA